GUCACUCGGGCACCGCCGGCGGCCCGGGAAGCGGCGCGGGCGGGGGCAGGGGCUGGGGCCGACCCGGAGGCUGGUGCAGAAGGUGGGGGCCGCCCGGCCGCGCCGCGCGUGAGGAGGCCGAGGGGCGCGCCACCCCGUCCUGGGGCGGGCGCCCCCCGGGCCCUGCCACCCUCGCCCCGCCCCGCAGGUGUGGCCCGGGAUGCGGAGCCGGGGGCCGCCGGUGGAGCUGCGCGAUGAGGCGCGGGGAAGGGGGCUGCCUGGGGCCCUCGCCCUCGUGCCCCACCGGCGGGCCCCGGCAGAAUUCGGGAACCGGGCGGCCAGGCCUUCUUAGCGCCCUGACGUUUGACGGGGACCGGUGAACCCGCCGCCCUACCCCCACCCCGCCUUGCCUGGACAGCUGAAUCAGAGCGGACGACCCUGCCCUUUUAAAGCGGCUUUUUCCAGCUCCUGCGGAGGGACCCCCAGCCAUGGCCCCCAGGAGCCCCCUAGAGCCCGCAGGGACUGCCCCCCGUCCUGGCCACCCGGGCCCGCCCUCUGCGUCCCGAGGGCCGCCGGUCUGAAGCAGCCUCCCGCAGCCCCCGGCCCCUCCCCCAUGGAGGAGGAGGAGGGGGGCGCGGCGGCCAAGGAGUGGGGCACCCCCCCCGCGGGGCCCGUCUGGACCGCGGUGUUCGACUACGAGGCGGCGGGCGACGAGGAGCUGACCCUGCGGAGGGGCGACCGCGUCCAGGUGCUUUCCCAGGACUGUGCGGUGUCGGGCGACGAGGGCUGGUGGACCGGGCAGCUACCCAGCGGCCGUGUGGGCGUCUUCCCCAGCAACUACGUCGCUCCCACCUCCCCUGCUGCACCCGUCGCACCCGCCGGCCUCCAGCUGCCCCAGGAGAUCCCCUUCCACGAGCUGCAGCUAGAGGAGAUCAUCGGUGUAGGGGGCUUUGGCAAGGUCUAUCGGGCCCUGUGGCGUGGCGAGGAGGUGGCCGUCAAGGCCGCCCGGCUGGACCCUGAGCGGGACCCCGCAGUGACAGCAGAGCAGGUGUGCCAAGAGGCUCGGCUCUUCGGAGCCCUUCAGCACCCCAACAUCAUUGCCCUCAGGGGCGCCUGCCUCAGCCCCCCAAACCUCUGCCUGGUGAUGGAGUAUGCCAGGGGGGGCGCACUGAGCAGGGUGCUGGCGGGUCGCCGGGUGCCCCCUCAUGUGCUGGUCAACUGGGCGGUGCAGGUGGCCCGGGGCAUGAACUACCUACACAAUGAUGCCCCUGUGCCCAUCAUCCACCGGGACCUCAAGUCCAUCAACAUUCUUAUUCUGGAGGCCAUCGAGAACCACAACCUCGCAGACACGGUGCUCAAGAUCACGGACUUCGGCCUCGCCCGUGAGUGGCACAAGACCACCAAGAUGAGCGCCGCGGGGACUUACGCCUGGAUGGCCCCGGAGGUUAUCCGUCUCUCCCUCUUCUCCAAAAGCAGUGACGUCUGGAGCUUCGGGGUGCUGCUCUGGGAGCUGCUGACGGGUGAGGUCCCCUACCGUGAAAUCGACGCCUUGGCUGUGGCGUAUGGCGUGGCUAUGAACAAGCUGACGCUGCCCAUCCCCUCCACGUGCCCCGAGCCCUUUGCCCGCCUACUGGAGGAGUGCUGGGAUCCAGACCCCCACGUGCGGCCAGACUUCGGCAGCAUCUUGAAGCAGCUUGAAGUCAUAGAACAGUCAGCACUAUUUCAGAUGCCGCUGGAGUCCUUUCACUCACUGCAGGAAGACUGGAAGCUAGAGAUUCAGCACAUGUUCGACGACCUCCGGACGAAGGAGAAGGAGCUCCGGAGCCGCGAGGAGGAGCUACUGCGGGCGGCUCAGGAGCAGCGCUUCCAGGAGGAGCAGCUGCGGCGGCGGGAGCAGGAGCUGGCGGAGCGCGAGAUGGACAUCGUGGAGCGGGAACUGCACCUGCUAAUGUGCCAGCUGAGCCAGGAGAAGCCCCGGGUCCACAAACGCAAGGGCAACUUCAAGCGCACCCGCCUGCUCAGGCUGCGGGAAGGCAGCAGCCACAUCAGCCUGCCCUCCGGCUUCGAGCAUAAGAUCACAGUCCAGGCUUCUCCAACCCUGGACAAGCGGAAAGGAUCCAAUGGGGCCAGCCCCCCUGCAAGCCCCAGCAUCAUCCCCCGGCUGAGGGCCAUUCGCCUGACUCCCGUGGACGGUGGUGGCGGCAGCAGCGGCAGCAGCAGUGCCGGCAGUGGGACAUGGGGUCGCAGCGGGCCUCCGAAGAAGGAAGAACUGGUUGGGGGCAAGAAGAAAGGCCGGACCUGGGGCCCCAGCUCCACGCUGCAGAAGGAGCGGGCUGAAGGAGAAGAGAGGCUAAAGGCCCUGGGGGAAGGAAGCAAACAGUGGUCAUCAAGCGCCCCCAACCUGGGCAAGUCCCCCAAACACACUCCCAUUGCACCAGGCUUCGCCAGCCUCAAUGAGAUGGAGGAGUUCGCGGAGGCAGACGGAGGCAGCAGCGAGUCCCACUCCCCCUACAGCACCCCGGCCUACCUCGAGGUGCCGCUGCCCACGGAGCCCUCCCCUGGUGUGCCGGUGACGCCCGCCCGGCCCGGGCCUGGUGCCCAGCUGCGGCGCUGCGAAUUCGCGCUGCUGAGCUGCGCCACGCUGCUGGGCGCCGUGGGCCUGGGCGCGGACGUGGCCGAGGCGCGCGCAGCAGAUGGUGAGCAGCGGCGCUGGCUCGACAGCCUCUUCUUCCCCCGCACCGGCCGCUUUCCACGGGGCCUCAGCCCGACUGCGCGCUCCCCGGGCCGCCACGACGCAGCAGCCGCUGGCUCGGGCCUGGCGCCUUCCGCCACCCUCGUGUCGCUGUCCUCCGUGUCCGACUGCAACUCCACGCGUUCGCUGCUGCGCUCUGACAGCGAUGAGGCCGCGCCAGCCGCACCCUCCCCGACGCCCUCCCCUCCUGCGCCCUCACCCAGCACCAACCCCCUGGUGGAUCUGGAACUAGAGAGCUUCAAGAAGGACCCCCGCCAGUCACUGACGCCCACCCACGUCACGGUCACUGCCGCUCGCACUGUGAACCGUGGGCACCGGAGGACCCCAUCGGAUGGGGCACUAGGGCAUCGGGGGGCACCGGAGCCCGUGGGCCCUGGUCCUGGCCCUCGAGAUACCCUGGAUUUCCCCCGCCUGCCGGAACCGCAGGCUUUGUUUCCCACCCACCUCCGGCCCCCUGAGUUUCCUGGACGCCCCACCACCCUGACCUUCGCCCCAAGACCCCGGCCGGCUGCCAGCCGCCCCCGCCUGGAUGCCUGGAAACUGGUCUCCUUCGGCCAAACUCUCAGCAUUUCGCCUCCCAGCAGGCUGGACACUCCAGAGAGCCCCGGGCCCCCCAGCAUGCAGCCCACGCUGCUUGACAUGGACAUGGAGGGGCAGAGCCAGGACAGCACAGUGCCCCUGUGUGGGGCCCGUGGUUCCCGCUGAAGCCUGCCCACCACCACCCGCCUGGGCAGCCAUGAAUGUAGCUCCCUGGGCCCAGCCCCAGCCCACCAGGCCACAAGGCAGGGGGGGCCCUGGGCAGGAUACUCACUCUAUUUAUUGGGGAAGGGGGGAGGGGGGACACUUAAUUUAUUCCUUUAUACCCCAGGGGGUGGGGCCCUGUGCUCACCCUGCAGCAGGGGGGAGGGUGGGCAGGGAUACUCAGGGACAGGGCAACGUGGGGGAUUUGGCACAAAAUGCAGCAUUAAAGGUAACCCCUGCCCCCUA